AUGACAAACACAAUUCGGAAAGUGAAAAGUUUAUUUCGCAUCCAUUUUAUAUGCUGGCGAAUUUUGGGUUUUUUGCCAACCGAAAAAUAUCGCCAACUAUAUAUAGCCUAUGCUCUAGUUGUGAACAUUAUGGUGACAAUUGUUUAUCCAAUACAUUUGGUAAUUGGUCUAAUCAUGAGUAAUACCUUAUACGAUUUUAUCAAAAAUCUUGCUAUAGCGGUAACAGCUAUAUUGUGUAGCAUUAAAACCAUUAUCAUGUGGUUGAAAUUUCAGAAUAUCAAAGAUAUUUUGGAUAUAAUAACGAAACAAAAUAAACGUAUUUUAUUGGACAAAAAAGAAACUCGUUACUUUAAAUAUGAAUUUUUGGGGAAUUUAGAUCGUGUAUUCAAAAUGUUUAUCAUCAUGUAUAUAAAUGCUGGUGUGUUUGCCGAAUUGUCGGUGUUGGGUAAUGGAAUAUUGGGGACAUGGCGUUUAUUGUAUCCCGCAUACUUUGUUUUCGAUCCAUUUUCUAACUCAGCCUUAUAUUUUGUGGCUCAUGUUUAUCAAUUUAUUGGUGCAUCAUAUCUUAUAAUACAACUUAUAGUUAUUGAUACCUUUGGUACCAUGCUUAUGGCUUUAUUAAGUGGUCAACUGCAUACCUUAAAUAUGAGACUAACUAAACUGGGUAGAGACCCGAACAAGACAAAAAGGGAAAAUAACCUGGAUUUAUUGGACUGUAUACAGGAUCAUAAGGAUUUAUUGGAAUAUCGUCAAAAACUAGAGGAGGUAUUAUCAUUCUAUAUAUUUGUUCAGAUAAUCUUUACCAGCAUUAUCAUGUGCUCUUCGGUGGCAUUUUUAAUACUCUUUACUGCCGAUGCCUUUACCUUGAUCUAUUAUACUGUUUAUAUACUUGCAACGGCCUUGGAAUUUAUGCCAUUGUGUUAUUAUGGCACUGUUGUUGAAAUGGAAUUUGAGAAUUUAACUUAUGCUAUAUUCUCUUCAAACUGGUUGGAACAGGAUAAGGUAUUUAAGCAGAAUCUAAGAAUUUUUGCUGAGACUACGAAAAAACCUUUGCAUAUUACGGCCUGGCUGUUCUAUGUUAAUCUGGAUUCUUUUCUGUUUACUUGUAAAAAUGCUUAUUCGAUGUUUGCUUUAAUAAUGAAUAUGAAGUGA